UACCGUGAGGAGGAGGAGGAGGAGGAGGAGCGCGCGCAGGACACGGUCUCCGUACGGGUCUGAUGGACGCGGAACAGGUGCGAGGAUCCGCGUGAGAUCUGGUCCAGGUCUGCAGGUCUGCGGAUCUGCGCGUGUACCUGCAGGCGGAGGAGCCUGCGCAGAACACGCCCUGAUACUAAAGGUACAGACGCACGCACACACACACACACACACACACACCCAGGAGGACUGAGCCGCUUUCACCUGGACCCGGACCCAAUGCCCCCCCACAGGCCCGGGCCCAGGCCGACCCCCCCGGACCCUUCCCAAAUGACCGCAGGACGCGCGCAUUUCCACGGACUUUGGAGGAGCUUUGUUCCCGUCUGCAGCUCCGAGAUCCCGCGGGGUUUCAGGGACUGAUCCAGCUGCGGAGACAGAGGAGCGCACCGAGGAACCGGACCCCCCCGGACCCGGACCUCCGGGACCCGGGACCCCAGCACCGAGCACCAUGAGCAGGAAGACGCGCCGCUGGAUUUUCCAUUUUUUCCUGUGCCUGGGAAUAGUCUACCUGAAAAUAGGGGGUUUGUCCUCGGUGGUUGCACUUGGAGCCAGCAUCAUCUGUAAUAAAAUCCCCGGCUUGGCCCCCCGUCAGAGGACUAUCUGUCAGAGCCGGCCCGACGCCAUCAUCGUGAUCGGAGAGGGAGUCCAGAUGGGGAUCAACGAAUGCCAGUUCCAGUUCCGACACGGACGCUGGAACUGCUCGGCCCUGGGAGAGAGGACGGUGUUCGGGAAAGAGCUCAAAGUGGGCAGUAAAGAGGCUGCUUUCACCUACGCUAUCAUCGCCGCUGGAGUCGCCCAUGCGGUGACGGCGGCCUGUACGCAGGGCAGUCUGAGCGGCUGUGGAUGUGACAAGGAGAAGCAGGGUUUCUACAACCAGGAGGAGGGCUGGAAGUGGGGGGGCUGCUCUGCAGACAUCCACUACGGCCUGGACUUCUCCAAAGUGUUUGUGGACGCACGGGAGAUUAAGCAGAACGCCAGGACUCUCAUGAAUCUGCAUAACAAUGAAGUGGGACGCAAGUUGCUGGAGAAGAGCAUGCGUUUGGAGUGCAAGUGCCACGGCGUAUCGGGAUCCUGCACCACCAAGACCUGCUGGACCACGCUCCCCAAGUUCCGCCAGUUGGGAUACAUGCUCAAGGACAAAUACAACCACGCCGUGCACGUGGAACCGGUGCGAGCGAGCCGCAACAAGCGCCCCACUUUCCUAAAGAUCAAGAAACCCCACUCAUACCGCAAACCCACAGACACAGACCUGGUCUUCAUCGAGAGGUCGCCCAAUUACUGCGAGGCUGACCCUCUGACCGGUAGCAUGGGAACACAGGGCCGCCUGUGCAACAAAACCGCACUGCAACCCAACAGCUGCGACCUGAUGUGUUGCGGUCGAGGAUAUAACACGCAUCAGUACUCCCGCGUUUGGCAAUGCAACUGCAAGUUCCUGUGGUGUUGCUACGUCAAGUGCAACACGUGCAGCGAGAGGACAGAAGUGUACACCUGUAAAUAGAAGUAUUUAUUGGACGGUAUGUAGACACACAGCUAGACUGGCUCGUGUGCGUCAUUAAUGUAUUUCAGAAUAAGGGUUCUUCACGGCUGAUACAUGUGUGGAGCGACUGCCUCGCUGCUGGCCUUUUGGCUUGUCUUAACAGUUUUCAACUUUGUCAAACGGUUCCUCCAACUUGUGUUGAUUUUAUUGAUGCCAAUGGACAUCUGCCAUCACACUGGACUUCCUCUACGUUCAUAUAUUAUUAUAUAUUUUUGUUUGUGGUCAAAUUCCAUUUCAUGCCUCAGGCUUGACUUCGGUGGCAGCCAUACCGGUAGAAUGGCAUGAAUCACCUGAAACAAUGCUCUUU